AUGGAGGGCAAGGAAGUGGUGCCCACUUGGGAUGGAGCCCCGAAGGGUUGGAGACGCUACUGCAAGGAGGUGGCCUGGUAUGUCAGAGGUAACAAGCAGAGCAUGCGGAAGUAUCUGGCAACGAGGCUGAUCUCCAAGCUCACUGGCACUGCCAGGCUCCUGGCAAUGAGCUGGUCGCAGGCGGAGUUCGAUACGGAGAGCGCAGCGGUGUUGAUCCGAGCAAACGGACGUUUGGACUACCUGCACCUGAAGAACGGGGUCGAGAUGACGAUCUUCAAGAUUGGUGGUCUCCGAGUCAGUGGGAUCGGUGGAGACAGCGUGGAGGUAGCCGAGUGGAGGAUGCAUCGGACACUUCGAGUUGGAGAAGGUCUCGUGGCUACCGUCGAGUGUCUCAAGAAGAAGAUGCUGCUGACGCGGACGGAGAUGGCGGCGUCUCAGGGAGGACGUCGAGAAUCAGCUACACCGGGACCGAGCCCGGUGGCCGUGGACGAGGAAGACGAGCUGAACGUGAUGGACUCCUUCAUCAUCAAUGUCUUGACUGGGGAGAUGAAUGGGGAGAUGGUUGGAACGCUGGUUGGCAAUAUCAUGUCGGUUGGCGAGAUGACGAUUCUCCUGUAUGGGAACCUGCUGGAGUCGAACAUGGAGAAGACGCUGAUGAUCCUCGAUUACAAGAACUGCAGAAGGCCGAGUUUUGGUGGAAAACCCAUGGGCGGCAAGUUCAUGGGCAAGCACAUGAACUAUGCAGACUCGGACUGGCACUGGGACCUGGUCAUGGCGAAGGGGAAGAACAAGAACAAGAACGCCAACUGGACGGCCUAUGACAUGGCGUACGCAUUUCCCCACGGCAAGAACAAGGGCAAGUUCAAAGGUUCGAAGGGCAGCCAGGUCAAUGCGUAUGUGGCCGACUACUACGGACUGGAGAUGGAGGUUGAUGGGCAAACACGUGGAGACCUUCAUGCAGCAGGGGCGCAGUCGGCCAAGGUGAAUGCAGAGCGUAAGUCCUUUUCCGUGUAUGUGCUCCCCAACCCCAGCAACUAUCAGGAUAACGAGGAGAACCGUUCCCUACUGGUUCCUGUGUUGGUUGGCAUGGACUUCGCGGGAGACACCGGGACGGGCAUGGUUGUGGAUCUGGUGGAUGGGACGUGUGUUUUCUCGUUGAUUGACCCCCUACGGCAUUAUACUCUCCAGCAGAACUCCAAGGGGCACUAUAUGGUGGAUCUUGUUGAGUACCUCACAGGGGGCGUCACCGUGAGCCAGGGGCAUGCAAACAUCAUUCUCCUACAGGAGCGCCAUGAGGGGAAGAAGCAGAUGGACGUCCUGGAGAAGGACCGAGCGAUGGAGCUGGACGGACGGGAUCCUCGAGCGUCCGACCAGCAAUGGCCAUGCUAUGGAACGCGCGAGCCAAUGCGGCAUCGGUCCAACAAGUGGGGAAUGUGGAUGCACUGCAGUCAAUGUGCCCUGCGGUUGAUCUACCUGCCCAAGAAGGGAGCCCCGUCGGACAGCACGGAGGUCAAGAAUCACCAGGACGUGAAGCAGGCGCUGAAGCAGCUGGAGGACUUUGCGACCAUGAGGGGCAUCCUGCCGACGGAGGAGAUGGUGCGAGUCGCGAUCGAAAAACACACCACGAACCAGCGGUACGCGGACGUCUUGGCCAAGUGCAAGAACAAGCCGGUGGCCGCGAAGCCUAUGAAGAAGGGCUAUCAGACGACUCCGGGUCGGACCAGCGCCAGACCUCGACUAGGUGCCCUGUCCGGGUCUUGA